AUUAUGCUGGGUUUCAAGGUAGUCAUGAAUAAACUUCGUAGUCAAAACCAUCGUUAUCGACAUUGCACAUCGAUCGCUAAUUUUGUUAAAGCCGGACGAAACUCUACUUCAACGAACACUUAGAGAAUCGAAGAACCGUAAUAAAAUGACAACCCCAUCUAGACCAUUUCGUAUACUGACAAUCGUAUUGUCAUGUGUUGGCUCGUUGUUGGCGGCAGAACUUACGACUAUCCAUGAAUGGAAGUACAUUGAAUACGCGGCCGAAGAUCCACUUGUUGAGCAUAUGUUGCAAGUUUCUGAAGAAUACAAUUACACGAAAAUCAUACCAAUUGAUUUCCAGAAAAUUUCAGGUAAUAGAGUUCUGGUUACAACACCCAGAUAUUCCAACGAUUUGUUAAUUCCAAGUUUGUCAAUUGUUUCGCCUAUGAUCGGGGACGGUGGUUCGUUGCUGGAGCCCUACCCAAAUUGGGAUUGGCACGAGACAGGAUAUUGUGGUGAUGAAAUAAUAACAAGCGUGUCUCGUCUUUUCACGGACCAGUGCAACAGGCUGUGGUUCGUCGACUCCGGGAAGAUAGGAGAUAAGCAAGUAUGUUCUGCUAAGCUGUUCGCCUUCAAUACGACAACCGACCAGGUGAUCCAUCGGAUUGAUAUUCCACAUGAGUUGACCCAUAAUUCUGUAGAUCCGAGCAAGGGCCGGCUUGAGAUACAAUUCGUCGAGACGAAGGGGGACUCCUGCGAUGAGACUUGGGCUUACAUUGGGGACCCGGAGGGCUAUGGCCUUGUUAUUUGGGACGGUUCGGACAUAUGGCGUCUGGAAAACGACGACGUUUAUGCCCCGGCCUCGUCAGCUACGAAGUUCAGCGUUGCCGGCGAGAACGUCACCCUGGAACUCGGGACUUCCAUUGUGAGGAUACCACCCCCGGGAUUCAUCAACGAAGACUAUCUUCUUCUGAGACCAUUGUCCUCCUACUCAGACUACGCGAUAAGAGUCGAGGAUUUGCACAAUUCGAAGAACAGCAGUGUAACUUACUACAAGGGCAACAUUACGCUGCCGUCGCAAGAGCUUGUCAGAGUCUUCUCGAAGUCCGGGGUCCUUAUGGCCGCCUUGGCCUCGAGUCUGGUAGUGGCUUGCUGGAACCUGGCAAAUCCUCUGGCUACAGAGUACGUGGGUACACCGUUGGAGGACGACGAGGCUCUGCAAUUUACCAGCGCUGGUAAAAUAUUCGAAGGGUCUGAGCCCGGAUUUGAGCACGAAGAGUACUGGAUGCUGACCAAUCGGUAUCAAAAAUUCGCCCUGGGUACCAUGGACUUCGACGAUGUCAAUUUCAGAAUUCUGUCGGUCAACAUCGCUGAUACCGUCCAAGGCACGGUGUGCGCGCCGAGCUCGCACAGUGCCACUAGCAUUGAGGAUAAAUUUUUCUUUGAAUAUGAAACGGUAUGAGAAAUUUUCCAUAAGCUCGUCUAUAUUCUGGUGUCCUUUACGAUAGUAUCCACUCACAAUCAGUUUCCCCCUGUAGCGUACCUCCUUAUAAACUGAGCGACUUAUGUACGUACUUUAGCACUGAAAUGUAU